UUUUUGUCAGCAUGCGGAGUAAGCGUCGUAUCAUAACCAAGUCGGUCCUGAUCAAAGAUGGCAGCUUUAGCCGGGCGUCUGCUGUUGAAGCAAAAAUCUAUUCAUCCCACCUCAAAGUUCUUAAGCUUGAUUGGAACAGGGCAACAUCAAAACAAUUUUAGUACAUCCAGGCAAAAUCAGGCAGCUCAAUAUGGAGGACGUCACACUGUUACCCUUAUGACAGGUGAUGGGGUAGGUCCUGAACUAUUAGGACAUGUACAGGAAGUCUUCAGAUAUGCUGGAGCACCUAUUGACUUCGAAAAGAUUGAGAUUAAUUCAUCAACAAAUAGUCCAGAAGUAAUGAAGAAUGCUAUGUUGUCAGUGAGAAGAAAUGGUGUGGCUAUAAAAGGUAAUAUUGAAACAAAGUUUGACGACCCUACCUUCAAAUCAAUGAAUGUAGCUUUGAGAACUGGGUUAAACUUAUAUGCUAGUGUUGUUUGUUGCAAAUCUCUACCCAAUAUUCACUCUCGACAAAAAAAUGUUGAUAUAGUUUUAAUACGAGAAAAUACAGAAGGGGAGUACAGACAACUUGAAUAUGAGAGUGUAGAUGGUGUUGUUGAGAGUUUAAAGAUCAUAACAUCUGAAAGAUCUACUAGAAUAGCAGAAUAUGCUUUUGAUUUUGCUGUUAAACAUGGAAGAAAGAAAGUAACAGCUAUACACAAGGCUAAUAUAAUGAAACUUGGAGAUGGGUUGUUUUUAGAGUGUUGUAGAAAAGUAUCUAAAAGAUAUCCUGAUAUUGAAUUCAAUGACCUGAUCAUCGAUAAUGCUAGUAUGCAGAUGGUAUCUCGACCAGAUCAGUUUGAUGUACUAGUCAUGCCCAAUCUCUAUGGUAAUAUAUUAAGUAAUAUAGCUGUUGGAUUAAUUGGAGGAGCAGGUCUAGUUCCUGGUAUGAAUAUUGGUAAUGGUUAUGCUGUCUUUGAAACGGGGACAAGAAAUUCUGGUAGAUCAUUAACUGGAAAGAAUAUAGCUAACCCAGUAGGAAUGUUACUAGCCGGUUGUGAUAUGUUGGACUAUUUAAGUCAUCAUCGACAUGCCACAGUUAUUCGAGAAUCAGUUCAGAGUGUUUUGAGCGAAAAGAUGAUUCAAACACCAGAUGUUGGAGGACAUGCAACAACAGCAGAAGUUGUACAAGCUGUUAUAGAUGAUAUCAAACCUAAAACUAAAAGCUGGAUGUGAAUGAUUUGUGAAUAAUGACAAGAAUUGUUGAGUGCUCAAGAUUGAUACAAUGGAAGAUGUAUGUUAUUGUGUGUAUUUAAUGUUUUGUUAAUUUAUUGUUUAUAGUAAACAUGUAUAGUUUAUAGUAUACUUAUUUCAGAUCUAAAGAACAAAUUGUUAACAAUAGUAUAUGUAGGAAUGAUCUUUAUUGUAACAAUAAAAACUUUUAUAAUAAAUUUAUCUCAAU